AUGAGCCUCGAUCCAGGCGGAUUCCCUAGAACCGAUUCCCCCGCAAGCUCCGAUAGCUCCCUCACCCGCUUUAGGCUCCGUACAAGUGACGACGAGCAUCUGAAAAAGGAUAAAAACUACCGCCGAUAUGCAUCGACUGUCGAGCGAGCGUUGUCUUUGUUCGAUACCACCUUACAAGAAUGGGCCGAUUACAUCUCAUUUCUAAGCCGCCUCCUGAAGGCGCUUCAAUCACAUCCUCCAGAUUUACCGGUCGUGCCGCAUAAGACUACUGUGGCUAAGCGGUUGGCGCAAUGCUUGAAUCCGUCGCUGCCUUCUGGUGUGCACCAGAAGGCUUUGGAGGUUUAUACAUAUAUUUUCGGCUUGCUAAAGCCUGAAGGUCUUUCGGUAGAUCUACCCCUAUACUUCCCCGGUGUCGCACCGACUCUUACAUUCGCCUCUCUCUCUGUCCGGCCACUAUUCAUAUCCCUGCUAGAAACGUACCUUCCAGAACUGGAGCCAAUGACAAUACGACCCGCACUAAAGGCUAUAAUUCUAGCGUUGCUACCAGGCUUAGAGGAGGAGACAAGCGAUGAUUUUGAACCGACUAUUCGUACGCUCAAUAAAAUACGCAAUGUAGCCAGUCAGAUGGACACGCGGAGAUCCAGCUUAAGUUCGAAUGCUGGAGGGCAGUAUUUCUGGCAAUGUAUGUUUCUCGCUUCAAUUACGAACCCUAGCAGGCGGCUCGGCGUCUUAGCCUACCUUAAUCGUCAUCUUCCCAAGCUAGGACUCGAGAAAUCUUCUACUUCGGAGAAAGGAGAUGAUCAAUUGGAAGGAGGAGACGCGGCAGCUAUUAUUGAGUCUGUUAUUUCUCCAGAGCCCGGGCUGCUUAUCAGAUGCUUCGCCAGCGGCCUGACUGACGAUCAGUUGCUCGUCCAGCGAAACUUCCUCGACUUGCUAGUGACGCAUUUGCCGCUACAUUCUGCGGUCCUCCAAUCGAAAAUCAGGCGCGACGACUUGGAAAAGUUGAUCCUUGCCGCAGCGGGAGUCGUGCUCAGGCGAGAUAUGAGUCUAAACAGAAGACUCUGGGCCUGGUUUCUUGGCCCAGACCCAAGCCAAUCUCUCAUUGCAUCUCCCAACUCCACUUCCGAAAAGGAGCAGGAUAACUCCACAGAGAGGGAACAGUCACAGUCUCGGUAUUUCAGCAGAAACGGAUUGGACUCUUUAGUUCGUGGACUUCUCAAGAUGAUCAAUCAAGAUACUUUACAACCUUCUCAGAGAAGCAGGCCUUUGCGCAUCGCCCUAUCCCUCAUGGAUCGCUGGGAAGUGGGUGGCUUUGUUGUUCCUGCUGUCUUCCUUCCUAUUAUGCGAAGCGUGCAGUCCUUUGAAGGAACAGCCGACAAAUCGCACUUUGGGGAGCUAUUUCGGAGUGCAAGCGCAUUCUUCGACGGGGUCGAAAGUAGUCUUAUCUUCUCAGAAUUGCUAUACCUCGUUCACGGAGACACGAGGGGGCAGUAUGGAAACUUUGAGAAGAGAGAGAAUGACCUUUUGCUAGCUCAUUUUAUCCUUGCCAAUUUCAAUAUUCGGGAAGAAGAGAUGUUACUUCUUCACAUUCCUCUGUUGACAUUGGCAAUAUUGAUCGAAGUAAAUGAUAUUAUCUUGAUGAAUCGACCGGGUUUCCCAUCAGAACAGACCAACAUAUACACUCAACAUCUUUUCAAACUACUCAACUUGGUGCUGAACCUCUUGCCUGAGCGAGCAUUCCUUGUGAAGGUAGUCUCCGAAAACCUAACAAGCGAUCCACGUGAACUCGAUAACAAGGAUCUUAUGAAGAGCAUCCAGCAAUUCUAUGACCGCAGUAAGGAAAGUCUCGAGUUACCACCUUUACCAUUUACUCCACAAGUCCUAUCGGAGUUGAUAUUACGUAUGGCAUACCGAUUGUCCAUGUCGGCUUUAGAGGACCACGAUUGCAGUCUUUCGGUAAAAGAAACAUCGGGCCUUCUGACGGGUCUCCUAAAGAAGGCACCUAAAUCGCGAAUAUUAGGGGACGGCCAUCUAAUACAGGCUUUUCACAAAGCUUUGGAGUUUGAUGCAGCGCAACUCACAACACAGAGAUUCGCUGUCAUUUCUUCAAUUACUUCAAUAGCUACUUCCUUGUACUGUAUUCAUGGCGCUGGUUUUUAUAUAACCUAUCAACAACUCUGUGGAUUAUUGCCGGCCUUAAUGGACCAUCUCUGGGCUUUCUUGUCUCCUGAAAGCCCUAAGUUCCAUGUUGAAGCUGUUCGUUGCAUUGGUUUGCUACAUUCCAUCACAUGGCAAGAUCAUGCUGUGGAGGCUUCCAUUACCUCUCUGAUGGUCGGAGUCGAUUCUCCGAAGAGUAGUGAAAUGUCUAAUAUUCAGCAUGUUGAAAGAUUUUGCGUUCUAUGGAGCCAUAGCCUGCAGUGGGGUCAGGAGUCACAAGGUCGCUCUCCGGAAGGUAAUGGAGCGAAUGGAAAGCCUUUGGCAGAUCGUUCUGCGUCUCAUGUUUCCUUACUUAAAAGGCCUCUAUUCAUAGUUUUGGAUUUACUAUCUCAAAAUUCUGAGGAGGUCUAUCAAGUUGUUCGUGACUGGGUUCACGAUAUGCCAUCAAUCCAGCGAGUCCUACAUAUCAUUGUGAUAAGACUCGAAGAACUUGUGAACAUUGAUGAUCAUGAAGACAAGCGCCAAGGCUUGAUUGAUUCCGACGACCGUCGAGAAUGUCAAUAUCUGCUCCAGACGCUCUCUAAUCUCAUGUCAUGCCUCUCCCAAAACGGUUGGAUCACCCUAGUUUCUCAUCCUGUCUCCCAGGUGGAGCAGCCUCAUGAGUCAGAGACACCGGAAAAUCCAAAUGAACACAAAACUUUCCAGAUAGCAAUUGCCGAAACCUCACUUGCUUUGGUCGGAUCGCCGUUGGAAUCCGACUCCAAACUUUCUGCUGAGGAGCAGACUCUGCAACGCACAGCACUCUCGGUCCUUCGGCAAUUAUUGGUCGGCCUUGGUGCUGAACAGCUUAUUGAUACAAACAUACAUUUAAUCCUUAUCGAGAAACUGUCCAUUGCACUGGAUCAAAAUAGUCAUCUUCUCCAAACGACGACCAUUGAAACGCUUCUCGUCGCGCUCAAAGCCAAAUUUGCUCAUGUUCUGCAACCCCCUCCACAAAAGCACAGAAGGACAGGGUCAAAGGGCUCCAUAAGGAGUGCUUCACUUCUCUCCUUAAGUGCAUCACUAAGUACAGAUCGAGUCGAUAAGUUACAUCAGCCGCCUCCUGUACCACAACCACCUGAGCAGUUGCUGAAUUGUCUGUUGAAGGGUAUCAGCUCCCAAAACUCGCACAGUUGUCUCGAAAAGUGGAUAUUGCUCUUGAGUGAAAGUCUACCUUUAUAUGGCGAGUCCAUUUUUCAAAUUCUGUUGAUGCUUGUGGAGUGCUUUUGUCGAGAGAUACGAAAGUCGUUCUCCAAUCUUCAAGUGACAUUUGAAAAGACAGAAGACUGGGCAAAAGACCGAUCGGAACAUGUGACAAUCGUCUUGUUAACUGGUCUAGAAACAUGCAUAGCAGCAGCCCAUGAGCGUCUACAUGCAGAAGAAGUGACUGUAACGAGCGCUCGAAGUCCUGACCAUUCACAGACUUUCUUUGGAAACAUGGUGUCUAAUUUUGUGUCGGACGGAGGCCCGGCGAGAAAUGUGGCUAAUGACAGGCUGACAGUAUUGCUAUGCUUUCAAGACGCCGUCCGACUUUGUUUUUCUAUUUGGUCUUGGAGAGCGAACAGCAAAGGCAAGAUGUCUCUUGACACGGAAUCAGUUGCUUCGUUCCAAUAUACGUCUUUGCGAAUGAGAAAUCGGUCACGGGCCUUGUUGGAACAUUUGUUUACUGCGGAAGCACUUGAAUCUCUCGAAACGCUGGUCGAGUUAUGGAGUAAUUUGGACCCAUCAGAGACUAGUAAAGCGUCUCACAUAUUUAGCCUUCUGCACACACUUGAUCGAGCUCGUCCAAAGGUCAUCAUUCCGGCAAUUUUCAACUCCAUAUAUAGCCGAACGAACCCAGCUGCAUUGGAUCCUAGCCGCAAAUCAGCGUUGGCCUCCACUAUCUCCGAUUCUGAACUUGCAGCAUUUUUAGUCACCUAUGCUCGGUCACUUGACGAUGAUGUUUUGGAUGAGAUUUGGGGAGAUUGCACGACAUUCUUGCGUGACGUUUUGGCCAAUCCAUUUCCGCACCGACAAAUACUAUCUCGACUUGUCGAAUUUGCUGGCAUACUUGGCGCGAAGAUGGAAAAUACCAGCUUUGGGGACGACCGCCGUAUGAGGAAAGAACUAGGGGACCUGUUACUGCGCCUUUUAGCUGCCAUCUUUACUAGUAAACCCAUGGGAUUGUCCCAAGACUCUGGAAUCUCCGCACGACCGUCUGCGGAUGCUGAUGGGUCACCGACGCCACAUGCAAGCCCGGACAAUCUGGUCAGUAUUUUGAUCUCAUCAUUACCGGCCUUCUUGACUGCUCUUGGAGAAACAGACCGGAUCACGAAUGCAAUAUCCAGCAUCUCUGCCAAUGUCAUUUCACCAACGCUGCGCUCACGCCUGUUCCCAAACAAUGUGAAUCAAGGUGUACUCGAUUUGCUACAGCAACUUUCUCGGAUAUCUGCAAGCUCCAAAGUAUGGAAGAAGGAUAUUGUCGAUGCAUUCAAUGAUCCUAGAUUUUUUGGGUCCCGUGUCGAUCUCGUCAAGACUGGCUGGAUGGGUUUAUUACGUCAAUGGAUCCUUGUAGACAAGGAGCGCUUCCCUGAGCUACUGUCACGAUUGACACCUCCCACCACAGCCGGAAUUAUGUUCGGGGUUGGAGCUACGGCUGCAAGAUUAGAAGCUGAUCGCAAGACUCAGCUGAAUUUGCGUAGAAUUACACUUCUGAUUCUUGCCAAUGGCGAGGAUUACUUCAUUAUCGACUAUCCCACUUUGUUGCAAAAACUGGAAGACCUUCUUCAAGCUACGCAUAUCUCGUCACCAUCCUCAGUCACAAGGGCAGAGUUAUUCAUGGUUCUUCGAGCUCUUGUACUCCGAACCUCAACCACCCACAUGGCUUCAUUUUGGCCUUUGAUCAACACUGAGCUACAGGAAGCCAUUUCUGCUGUACCCCGGCACCAACAAUCCGAACUCUACGGACCUUAUUCUCUUCUUCAAGCCUCCAAACUUUUGGACACACUACUCUUGCUGGUUCCCGAUGAUUUCCAGUUACAAGAAUGGCUCUUUGUAACCGACACAAUCGAUGCGAUUUAUCCUCCUGGUCGAUGGGAGCCUAUAGCCCUCGCAGACGAGAUAGCUCGAACCUUGGGUCCAGGAGAUGAAGUGUCGCCUGUACCUGGCGAGCUCAGUGAGAAGCAGAGACUCAACAAGCCAUGUUUGAAUUCUGAUCGUAUUCGUGAGACACCAAAGGAUGAAAUUGUGGAUCGGAUAUUGAAGCCAUUCUUUGAGAGGAUCAGUAUUCAGGCGUUUGAGAGUACCUAUAGUAUGGGCAGUCCUGAUCGUGAUGCAUGUGUGGAUGAUCUUUUGGCAGAUAUUUUCAAUGAGAGCACCAUGGCAAAUUAGAUAUCUGACAUGACAUCCGACAUGUUCUCUAGUCAAGUCAUUUUCCUUUCAUGUCAUAUAUGUUGAUUCACAGAUCUUAUUGCGAUACCCUACGGGUUUGUUUAUCCUUUAAGGUUACUUCAAGCAUAGGCAAGUUAUGCAAACCACUAACCACUACUGUACCUAAACCCUAGUAGAUCUGGAUCCUGAUAGAUAUUGACAACAGCAAGUGGCUCAAUAUUCUCUUGAGCGUCUAAGCUGAAAUAUCAAGUAUAAAAUAUCAUUUACUAU